AUGGAUACCAUAUUCUCCCUCUCUUCCACCACACACUAUUCUCCAUCUCCACCACCUUUGUCAGCCUCUAUUCUUACUGGAAACCACCACUCUUCCACCACCAUUUCUUCCCUCAGAAAUUCCUCCUCAAAUUUACCUGAAAAACCCAACUUCACAGAUAGUUCCCACAAACCCCUUCAAACCCCUUAUCCACACACUCCUAAAUUUACCAAGAAACCCCUCAAACAUUUACUUAAUUCCACUUCACCACCACCUAGCCUCAAUAACAAGUUAUGGUUAUCCAGCAAAUUGUCACCACCCCCACCACCACUAUUAUCAAACAAUGGGACUGAUAUGGAAAAUUUAGACUUUUCAAAUGAAGUGGAAAUGCAAAAAAGAACUGAAAAUAGGGAAAAAGGAAAGAUCUUAGUAGGCAAUUUGAAGAAAAGAGUUGAAAAUGAGGAAAAAGGUAGAAUCUUUAUAGGGAAUUUGCAGAAAAGAGUUGAAAAUAGGGAAAAAGGGACAAUCUUUAUAGGGAAUUUGCAGAAAAGAGUUGAAAAUAAGGAAAAAGGUAAAAUCUUUAUAGGGAAUUUGCCAUUAUGGAUUAAAGAAAAGGAGGUUGUUGAGUUCUUUAGACAAGUUGGGCCUAUAAAGAAUGUGAUUUUAAUAAAGAAUAUGGGUUUUGGAUUUGUGAUAUAUGAGGGUCCAGUGGCUGAAAAAGCAGCUAAAAAGGCAUUGGAGUUUGAUGGUGUUGAAUUUCAUGGAAGAGUUUUGAAUGUGAAGUUGGAUGAUGGGAGGAGAUUGAAAGAAAAAACAGAUGAGGAGAAGUAUAAGUACACGUGGCGUGAGGCGAGGGAGGGGUCCGGGAGGGAGUUCAAGAAGGUUCUAGAAACGCAAUCGGAGGAUUGGCAGGCUGUUGUUCGGGCUUUUGAGAGAAUCAAGAAGCCAUCCAGGAAAGAAUUUGGCUUAAUGGUGAACUACUAUGCAAGGAGGGGUGACAUGCAUCGUGCACGUGAAACCUUUGAGAAGAUGCGUGCUCGAGGAAUAGAGCCAACGUCUCAUGUAUAUACCAACCUGAUUCAUGCUUAUGCAGUGGGUAGAGACAUGGAAAAAGCACUAUCUUGUGUGAGGAAGAUGAAAGAUGAUGGAAUUGAAUUGAGUCUUGCGACUUACAGCAUUCUUAUUGGAGGAUUUGCCAAAGUGGGCGAUAUAGAAGCUGCUGACCGAUGGUUUAAGGAGGCCAAAGAUAGGGAUCUGACAUUAAAUGCAAUCAUAUAUGGGAACAUCAUCUAUGCUAACUGCCAAACAUUCAAAAUGGAUCGAGCUGAAGAAUUGGUCAGGGAGAUGGAAGAGGAGGGUAUUGAUGCUCCAAUUGAUAUCUAUCAUACCAUGAUGGAUGGUUAUACUAUGAUAAGAAAUGAGGAAAAAUGUCUCGUCGUAUUUGAAAGACUUCAGGAGUGUGGAUUUACACCUUCAGUUGUCAGCUACGGAUGUUUGAUGAACCUCUAUAUCAAGAUUGGUAAGGUAUCCAAAGCUAUUGAGGUCAGUGAAAUGAUGAAAUUGGCUGGCAUAAAGCAUAACAUGAAGACAUAUUCCAUGUUGAUGAAUGGAUUCAUAAAUUUGAAAGAUUGGGCUAGUGCUUUUGCAAUUUUUGAGGAUGUAAUAAGAGAUGGUUUGAAGCCCGAUGUGGUGCUUUAUAAUAACAUUAUCAGAGCAUUUUGUGGCAUGGGUAACGUGAAUCGCGCCCUACGCAUUGUUGAGGAAAUGAAAAAGGAGAGGCAUAGGCCAAACUCAAGGACCUUUAUGCCAAUCAUUCAUGCUUUUGCAAAAGCUGGAGAAGUAAGAAGAGCACUUGACGUUUUUGAUAUGAUGAAGAGGAGUGGAUGCACCCCAAGUGUUCACACUUUCAACGCUUUAGUUCUUGGCCUUGUUGAGAAGCGUCAGAUGGAGAAGGCUGUACAAAUUUUAGACGACAUGUUGCUUGCAGGCAUUAGUCCAAAUGAGUACACAUAUACAACCAUUAUGCAUGGUUAUGCAUCUGUUGGUGAUAUUGGAAAAGCUUGUGAAUAUUUUUCAAAAGUUAAAAAUGAGGGUUUGGAGCUUGACAUAUAUACAUAUGAGGCGUUACUCAAGGCAUGCUGUAAAUCAGGCAGGAUGCAAAGUGCUUUGGCGGUGAUAAAAGAAAUGAGUGCCAAAAGCAUCCCCAGGAAUACCUUUGUUUAUAACAUAUUAAUUGACGGAUGGGCUCGACGAGGUGAUGUCUGGGAGGCUGCUGACCUGAUGCAACAGAUGAGACAAGAAGGAGUUCUACCUGACAUCCAUACAUACACGUCGUUCAUAAAUUCUUGUUGUAAAGCUGGAGACAUGCAAAGGAGUAACCAUUAUGCAGUGAAACAACAACCACUAUGGCUCAGUCCCAAUUUUUUAGAU